AUGAACGAGAUUCCGAUGAUGAAUCAAUCCGACGGCGGGCGGCGAGGCGAUUGCGCAACGCGCGACUCCUCGGCAAAUAGCUGUCAAAAUCGCGAAGCGCCCAAUUAUUACUAUUAUUAUUGCCAUAAUUAUUGUACAACGAUUUUGUGCGCCGCCGCCCACCAAUUGUUGCCCGACCCUCUCGAAUUGUUGGGCGUCGGAAUCGGUUGGACGUCGUCGUCGUCGUGGACGCUGCUCGGCCUACAGAUUGGCUGGAUGGUCUGCGUGUGUUGUCGUUCAUGUUGUCUGUGUAAAUGUGCGUCCGAUGAGAGAUGCUUAGUCGGGUGUCAUGGGCGACGCGGUCGUCGCGCGCGCUCCACCAACGCCGCCGACGAAGCGUACACGGUGCCGGGCGCGAUUCACAUCCCGACGCCCGUCUACCGGAAGGAGCGUCGCUCGGCACCACCAUCGGCGCACAAGUCGUCGUCGUCGUCAUCCGUCGUGCCGUCGCUUGUCCGUUUCAGUCAAACGUCAAUGUGGGAGUCGUCGUUGAACGCGCGCGAGGACGUCGAGCCGCUGUCGACGGCGCCGAUCGUCGUCGUCGCCGCCGACAACGCCUCGCUCGAUUUCAUCGACAAAGACGGCAAUCAUCCCGAGUGUUGCAGAGAGGCUAGCAACGGCGCGCGCUUCAAACCCGGCUUCCGACCGUUGAAGGGAACACCGGAACCACCAGCUGCCGAGUCAGCGUCCGAAGAGGAUAAGAGCACGACGACAACGAGCAAGAAGAAGAAGAAAAAGAAUACAAUGGACAAGCAGCAGCGUCAGACAUCUGGAGGAGGCUUCUUCCAGCGUUGGUUUGGCGGCGGCGCUGCCGCCCCGCCCAACAACGACGUCAUCGACGCGCGAGUCAGCGAACGAAAAACCGCGAAGCAACGCGAGCAGGAGCUACUUCAGCGCGCUGAAAGAAAACCAGGGGGAAGAACACACUCGCACGAGGGAUUCCGAACACCGCGACAAUUGCAGGCGACGACGCUCGCCAAUCAAACCGACGAGGAUGAUUAUGCGACGAUUGAUCGAAUCCGUCGAAGCAAUGUUCGAGAGAUGUCGAUGCCCGCCUCGCCUAGGAACGUUCAUUUCGUCGACGAGCCCAGCGGACCGUUGAGCCGCACAAUGAACGAGACGGCGUUCGGCGAUCGCGCCCAUCUCCAGUAUCGGCCUCGCGGCAAAAACGGACCAACGACACGCGGCGCGCCGACGAGCUCCGUCAAUCAGCUCGACGAGGCCACCAUGGACCUUCUUCGGCUCUCCACCGAGCCGAGUCCGGCGCCGGCUCGUCGCGCCACAGCCGCCGCCGCCAACACGCUACUCGCCAAAUCGGCAUCGCUGAGCUCGAUGCAGCGUGGUGGCGGCGUCAAGACGAUCGACGGCGGCCAUUUGCGACUAGCCAACGUGUUCACAUGGGAUCCGGCUAGCGUCGAGACCACCGACGACGAGAGGAACAUGGCGAGGAACGACAGAUCGAGCCGAUUGUCGCCGCAAGCCGAGAAGCGGAAUGAGAAAGAGAUAUUCAUCAAACAGCAGGGACCAUCAACGACGCGUCGCGAGACCGAGAUCGAGUACGAGGAGAAGCGUCAAGGCGCGCCGGUGGUUCGGACCACCGUCGAGGGCAAACUCAAAAUGGAGAAGAUCGUCGGCGCCGAUUUGAUCACCGUCGAUAGUUGCAUUUCGAGCGCGUGGACGGUUCGCGACGUCGUCACCAAUUACAAGAUCAAAUCGACCAUCGGAAAGAAGAGUCUGAUACUUGAAGAGAUGAAAGACGGUCAGAGUAAGUACAAGAUCACGCUGAUCGAGAACGGCGAGACGAAAAUAGAGCGCGAGGCGAGCCUCGACGUGCCGGAGUUUGUCGACAAGAAGGACUACCUCACCGAGGUCAGCAAGCGUCUUCUCAGCGAUCUCAAAGAGGACGGCGAGUCGGUGUCGGCGUUGACGCAUAUCGAGGUCGAGGUCGUCGAGGACAUCACCAACAUUUUGAAGACGUAUGUCAUCGGCGAGCGAGCCGAUGACAUGCUCGCCGAAGAGCAGCAACGCAUUCAGAACUAUGAGGAGACCGUCGCCAAAACGCCGCCGCCGAUCGAGUACGAGAAGGUCGAGAAGAUCUAUGUCGACGAGCUGCAGAAGGAGGACAAGGCCAACAUUCAACUCGUCAAGGACGGCCAUCAUUUUGAAGGCGAAGGUUCGCUGAUGAGACUUCGUCGGUUUGAAACCGAAGAGUCGCAAGAUCUCAACGUCAUCCGAAUGGAGCCAAGAUGUGCUCACGCGUUCGCCGAUUGCGACAUCGCCAAAAAGGAGGACACCUCGAAUUACACGGUGAAGAUUGCCGUGCCGCUUGUCGCCGCCAUCACGUUCCUUCUGAAGCAAUCGAAGAUCGUCCGACAGCAGCGAGCCGCCGGCUACGAGAUGGAACGAGAGGGGCAGCGAUUCGAGGAGGAGACGACUCUGCGACGAGCCGGCAAGCGAUACGAGACCGAGGAAGAGGAGACGCUUCAGACGCACGUCGACGAGUCCAAGGUCGCCGAGAUCGUCGUGCAGCAUGUCGAGCGUCAAGCCCAAGGCGGCGCCUACGAGAUGCAUCAAGACGGUGUACAUCUUCGUGGCGAGACCAAAUUCCAAAGUGCCGGCAAACGCUACGAGUCCGAGUCGGACGAGUUGAUGAUGAUCGAGAGAGAAGCGGAAGGCGGAAUGUACGAGAUGCGGCAAGACGGAACGCAUCUACGCGGCGAGACGAAAUUCCGUCUCGCCGGCGCCCGUCACUACGAAUCCGAGUCGGAAGAAUCGUGGAACGGCGGCUCGCCGACACUCGUCGAUCUCGUCAAGAAUGAGUCGAGCUCGUUGUUCGAAGCGACGUUCGAGACCGCCAACAAUCAUAGUCCAAUUCGGAUGGAAAUCAAGAGGCCGAAAUUGAAGAAAGAGUCGACGACGAUCGCGUGCUCCAUCUCGAACAGCAUUCCAACCGCCCACGAGGUCACCAUCAAUUGGCGCGAGAAGACAAAGUCCGAGGUGGUGACGAGUCGCGCUCGCGAGACGUCCAACGAGCAGGCGAUGAUGCUAAGCGGAUUCGAGAAUCGCGCCGUCAAGCAAGCCGAAAUCGAGACGAUCCGCAAGACGGCCAACGCGGCGACGGCGAGCCACCACGCGAAACAGUCGGGCGUCGAGAACGCGCACGUCUCGGCGACCAUCUUCCAUACCGCCGACGCGUUCGUCGUCGAGGGCUCCUCGAAAACCGCCAACACCAUCGAAGCGGCGGCGCGAUUCCGCGAGCACGCCAUUGUCAACGCCUCGAAUCUCGUCCAUCUCGAGAAGUACGAGUCGAGCAAAUCGAUGAGCGAGUGCGCGCAAAGCAUGAAGCACAGCCAUCGUCAGUUCUCGGAGGCGCGCGUCGCCGAAUGCCAACACGUCGCCGAGAGUUGCGCGGUGAUGCUCAAGAACAGCGGUGUCGAGGCGUCGAGCGCUUCGAGUGUCGUCGCCGACGCGUGUACCGAUUUGCGAAUUCGUCGCAAGGACGCCGCCGCUCAGAUCACCGUGUUCGUCAUGUUCCGACAAGUGUUCGGCAACUAUUCGCACGCGGCGCUUCGCCUCUCAAUGCUCGCCGCCGCCGCCGCGUUCGGACGAGCGCGACGCGACGAGCAGCAGCAGCGCUCAACAACGACGACGACCUACGAGCACACCGAGCAACACCACUACGAGUCCGAAUAUUUCGAGCAUCGAGAAAAGUUGGUGGUAUUAGAUAAGCAAUCGCCGCAAGAGGCGUCGCGGUCUUCUUCCUCCUCAUUUGACGGUGAGCUGAUCACCGUCGACGUGCGCUGCAAGCGACGCGAUCGUCACGCGAAUCAGCUGAUCGUUGUGCUCGAGGAGCACUGGCUCGCCGUUGACUCCCAACGAAUCAUCGGUAACCAACAGCAACUUCAUCGCGAUAUUGUCGUUCGACGCAACGUCGCGCAAGAGCAAUCAGCGUUCCUUAACCUCGUCGCGACAGUCAUGUCUAGUUGCGAUCUAACCACAUUAGCGUCCAGCGAGAUUCACUCGAUGGCGCAAAUCAUCUAUGACAUUCAAAACGAGGCUUAUAAGACUAGUGGUGUUGUAAUGCAAUCAUCAAGCGUCGACUCGAUUACUAGGGAUUUGAGGCAAACCGCCGAGGAGGUGAUCCACACCUUCUGGCAUUCGCAAACCGACGACGAUGAAAGCGCUCUGGAGACGUUGAGCUCGCGAAUCGAAGCGUUCCGCGUGGCACUCCAGACGAGAGCCGCCGACGAAUCGAACGCCAACACCGUCACCUCGUUCAAUCGCGACGUCGAGAGAGAGGCGUCGACGAGUCGAACGUGUGUGGCGACACCGUGGGAUGUGGUGUCGACGGCGUUCGGCAUCGACGAGCGAUCAAGUCAGGAGAUGUUCCAAGUGAUAUCGCAAAUCGAUUGGGCCUCGAUCAAUCUGCCCGACGUUCAGCGUACGAACAUCGAGACCAAUUUGCGACUGAUUCCCAAUGUCGACGCGUCGAGCGUUCUCGGAAGACUUCGAGCGCCGUCCGAGCAACGCGAAUCGCAUGAGGUGCUCGUCUCAGAAUCGCGUAAAGCCGAAUGCGUUCUCGCUGUGAAAGCAGCCAUCGAGAGCGUCGUCUCCACCGAAUCGAGAAUCGCUCGUGCGUCGCCAUCCGACGUCGCCGCCUACACCAAUCUUGUCGGUUUGAUGAUGAGCCAUGACUUUAGCACAUUAGGGUCGAUUGAGUCGAGUAGAAGCAUCGCCGCGGAUUUCACAAGAAUCGACGAAUCAUCGACGACUAGCGUCGAUCUCGCCGAGCGUCUCUCAAGGCGCGUUCGCGAGCCGAUCGUUACCGACGUUCACGGAAGCUGGGAAUCGACUUCCACCCAUCAACAUCACGAAGCCGUAUUGAGCACCAUCGAAUCGAUGCAUCAAUCCCUUCGGGUCUACUCGUCGAAAUUUGUCGAGGAGACGAUCGAAGCGUCGCUGGCUCGCAGUGAGAUGGUGUCGCGCAUCAGCGAGACCAUCCGUCAAACUCUCACCUCGACGUCGACGCAUCUCGACGAAGCCGUCGAGGAGACCAUCGACAGCUUCUGGUCAACCGCGAAGAACGACGAGCGUCAAUCCAAAACGCUCGAGGACAAGAUGGAAGCGAUCAAGAUCCGAUUGCAAACCAACGCCACGGCUGAAGCGCAAGUGAAUCUCGACAAAUCGCUGACGAAGAAUGUCGAGAGUCUCGCGAUCGCCAAAUCUCUAGAUUUGAAGCCGUGGGACGUCGUCACCGCAGCGUUCAGAAUCGACGAAAAACGCAUCAACGAGUUGUUCAAUCUUCUCGAGCACGUCGAUUGGACGUCGAUCAAUCUCAGCGACGUCGAGCGAAUCAACGCCGCGCGCAACAUUCGCCUCAUUCCCGAUCUCGCACACUCCAGUGUUCUCGGCAAACUUCGCGCGCCCGAUGAGCAAUCCGAACAUCGCGAGAUCCGGCUAAGCGAGACGCGCAAAGCCGAAUGCCUACUAUCGAUCAAAUCGGCGAUCGAGACAGCGAUCAGUGGCGGCGAUUCGCGUCUCGCGCGAAUCGCGCCAACUGAGGCGGCCGUCUACACAAACAUCGUCGGAUUACUAGUGACACAUGAUCUGCGGACGAUCGCCUCUUCAACGACAACCACAAACAUCGCAUCGAGCAUUGCAAAAACGUCAGUUUCGGAACAAACAAGCGGCGAGUUGGCCGAUCGGAUCAUCGAGCGCGCUCAAAAUCAAUUCGCCAUCGACGAGAUCCAAGGCUUCUGGUCGACAAACGCCGUCGAGAAGCAAGAAGCCGUCGACGUGAUCGCCGCCAACAUCGAUUCGAUUCAUCAAACGCUUCGAGUGUUCGCGUCGAAAAUUGCCGAAGAACGACUUGAAGCGGCGCUAGCCAGAAAGGAAUCGUCAGCGGAAUCCGCGGCGAUUCUCAACGCUUCCAAUUCCACCGCAAUUGCUCGAGGUCUACGAUCGACAGCGAUCGAGAUUGUCGAAGGCUUCUGGAAUUCGGUGAAACGCGACGAGCGCACAUCGGCAACGAUGGAGGCGUUCAAGUCCUACCUUCAGACGAACGCCUCAAGAGAGGUCUAUGAGCACAUCGAGAAGUCGCUGAGCCAAUUGAGCCAAGCCGAAAGUGUGUGCCGAGUGCAUCCGGUGAAGCCGUGGGAUGUCGUCGCAACGGCGUUCAACAUCGUCGAGCAGAUCAUCGAGAAGGUGCUCGACAUCAUUUCCAAGGUCGAAUGGACUUCAAUUCGACUUCCCGACCAGCAGCGAGCCAACAUCUCCAACAAUAUCCGACUUAUGCCAAACGUCGGCAGUCUUGGAAUCUUGGGAAGCCUGGAAGCGCCAGCCGACCAGAACGAAUACUAUGACAUCAGUAUUGCCGAAUCCAGAAAGGCUGAAUGUCUGCUAAGUGUGAAGGCGGCUGUCGACACAGUGAUCAGCAGCGAGUCCAAGCUGAACGCAAUUCCAGCCGAGGACGCCGCCCUCUACACGAAUCUCAUCGGAUUGAUGCUUUGCGUCGAUCUUCGAACCGUCGCUCAAAUCGAGACCACCGAAACACUUUCAGUCAUUCUCAAGCGACACCUCGAAUCGAUGGAGACGUGUCAUGAGAUGGCCGACAAGUUGUCGGUUCAAGUUCGACAACCACGCUGCGAGACCGUCCACGGAUUCUGGAGCACGCGAACCGCGAACAAGGUCAUCGCCAAGAAGGUGAUCCAUUCGCAAGUCGAAUCGCUUCAUUCGAGUCUACAAGUCUAUGCGUCAAAGUUCAUCGAGGAGCACGUGCAAGCCCAUAUCGCCAAGAGGAACGAGAGUGUGAUGCUUCAGCGAACGAUGAAGCUCAACCCGCUACACGUUCUCACCGCCGCGUUCAACAUCAGCGAAUCGCGUUUGUCGCAAUUCAUCAAUCAUCUCGAUUCGUCGGUUCAAUGGUCCGACAUCCAAGUUCCCGUUGGCGUCAAAGAGAAACUCACGGCCAACUUCAAAGCGAUGAACAUCGAGAUUCCAAGCUUCCUGGGAAGGUUGUCGCCGCCCGAGCCGCAAGACGAACAAGCCGAUCGUCGAUUCAUCGAGAAGCGAACGCUACAGUGUAUGUUGAGCGUUCGCGAAUGUCUCGAUGAGUCGUGGGAGAGCAGCGAGUGCUUUCAGAAGAUCGACGAAGAGCAGAAGGCCGUCUACACCAACGUUCUGGCAGUUCUUGCCAACACUGACAUAGAGAAGUUGAUCACGAUCUGUGAGCAACUGUCGGUCGAAGGACAACAAUUCUCGACAUCCCACAAUGUCGCGCUGCCGCGAAACAUCGCAACGACACACAUCAUUCCGGAGACAUCUGUGACAGGCUACUGGAGUACAUCCAAUGAAUACGAAUCGGCGAGACGAACAUUCUCGGAACGAUCGCGACACGUUGAACACUAUCUCACAUGUGCGAUCACGACGAUGCACGCGAAUCUGGCGAAGACGCAACAACAUGAGAAGACGACGAACGUCGUGCGACAAUCUGUUCGACAUGAUCUGGCGAGAGCUUUCAAUAUUGACGAGGUCAAAUUCGCAGAAUUCUUGAAUCAUAUGAACACGUCAAUGGAUUGGACGGGAAUUGACAUUCCAGUCUCGACAUGCCAGUCACUCAUUGCCAACUUCAAAGCAAUGGAAGCUGAAGUUCCCAGUGUUCUCGGAAAGCUCUAUCCUCCGGGGGCACAGGAAGAGGAAGCAGAUGCCUCUGUAAUCGAGAAGAGGAAUGUCAAGUGUAUGCUGAACCUCAGAGCAAGUCUGGAAGAAUCCUUUGAACGAAGUGAGACCUUCAACAAGCUCGAACAAUCUGAACGAGCUGUCUUCACCAAUCUUCUCGCAGUCAUGGCUCACAGCGACAUCGAGAGCAUGAUCACGAUCAGCAGGAUCGUCUCAUCGGAGAAUCAGAAGGAAUCCACAUCUCGCAACUUCGGAAUUCCAACAACAAUUGCGACGAGUCAUGUCAUUCCUGAAUCGACAGUUUCCGGAUUCUGGAGCACCGCUUCGGAAUAUGAAUCAGCGAAAGCUACAAUUCAAGAAAGACGAAGCGUUCUAGAACAGGCAAUGAUCAGCAGCUUCGUAACAGCACAGCGCUCUUUGCGAGCAUCACCAAUCGAGGCGGAAGCCGUACGAUCAAUGCCACAAGCCCAUCGGCAACUCAUUUCCAAAUCGUUCAAUGUCUCCGAAUCGACGCUCACCGAGUUUCUGAAGUGCGUCGGCACCACCAUCGAUUGGACAACCAUCGAUGUUCCAGUCAAAACAUGCCGAACGAUUCUUGCAAAUUUCGAAAUUCUGGGAGUCGAAGCUCCGACUACUCUCGGAAAACGCUACCCUCCGGGGGCACAGGAAGAGGAAGCAGAUGCCUCUGUGAUCGAGAAGAGGAAUGUCAAGUGCAUGCUGAACCUCAGAGCAAGUCUGGAAGAAUCCUUUGAACAAAAUGAGACCUUCAACAAGCUCGAACAAUCUGACCGAGCUGUCUUCACCAAUCUUCUCGCACUCAUGGCUCACAGCGACUUAGCGAGCAUGAUCACGAUCAGCAAGAUCAUUGCAUCCGAGAGUCAGAAAGAAUCUACAUCUCACAACUUCGGGAUUCCAACGACAAUCGCCACAAGUCAUGCCAUUCCAGAAACAUCGGUGACAGGAUUCUGGAGCACCGCAUCGGAAUACGAAUCGGCAAGAAGCACGAUCUUUGAGAAGCGCGUUUUGCUUGAGCACGCCAUGAUGACCAGUUUCGUAUCGACACAAUCAUCAUUCCAAACUCAAUCCCAGACGGCUGAAAUCGAACGAGGAUUCCAAGAAUCUCAUCGCGCGCACAUCGCGCAGGCAUUCAAUAUCACCGACACUCAACUAGAGCAAUUCCUGAAACAUGUCACCCGUUCAAUGGAUUGGACGAGAAUCGACAUUCCAGUCUCGACAUGCCAGUCACUCAUUGCCAACUUCAAAGGAAUGGAAGCUGAAGUUCCCAGUGUUCUCGGAAAGCUCUAUCCUCCGGGGGCACAGGAAGAGGAAGCAGAUGCCUCUGUGAUUGAGAAGAGGAAUGUCAAGUGCAUGCUGAACCUCAGAGCAAGUCUGGAAGAAUCCUUUGAACGAAGUGAGGCCUUCAACAAGCUCGAACAAUCUGAACGAGCUGUCUUCACCAAUCUUCUCGCAGUCAUGGCUCACAGCGACAUCGAGAGCAUGGUCACGAUCAGCAGGAUCGUCUCAGCAGAAGGCCAACAAGCAAUCGCGUCAAAAAUGAUUGCAAUUCCAACAGCCAUCGCAAAACGCCACGCAAUUCCCGAAUCGUCUUCUUUCGGAAUCUGGAAAACCGCCAACGAGUUCGAGUCGACAAGCAAGUUGCUCGCCGACAACGUCCACAUUCUGGAAUCGGCGUUAUCCUGCAGUCUCAUUUCGAUGAAUGCCGAUUUCUCGAAUCCAUCUUCAGAAGGCGCUUGCGAGGAGAUUCGCCGGCUUACCGUGACGGAGGUGAUCGCCAAAGCAUUCGGUGUGACGACGGAAGACGUCGACAAAGUCUUCCGCCAUCUAGCGAAUGCCGAAUGGACUCAAAUCGAGAUUCCCGACGAUAUUCGACACAAUCUGGAGCUCAAUUUGCGCGCGCUUCAUGUCAAACUUCCACCAUCGCUUCACAAUCUGAUGCAGCCGAAGCCGGCGAGCGAAGCCGUCGAUUAUUCGAUCGCUGAAAAGCGGCACGCAAACGCGAUCGCCCAAAUCCAAGCGGCGUUCAACGCCGUCGUCGAGACGUCUUCAGAAUUCCAGCACGUCGACGAGACGCGUAUGGCGGUUUUCACCAACAUCGUGGCGCUCUGCGCCACUACCAAUGUCGAGAAUACGAUUGAAAUCGCGUUGAGCCUCGUCCGAACAUCCGACGCCGCCAAACUGUCGAAUGAAGCCAUUAGUCGAAUUCGAAUUCCGCUUCUCGCCGAUGAGACGAUCCAACAAAUUCUGACGUCCGAUGACAAGUUCGCCGAGACCGCCGUCAUCGUAAACGAGAGGCUGCAAGACAUCAAGAGCGCAGUGAGCUGCUCAAUUCAAACCGAGUCCAACGCCGUCGAAGCCAUCUCAAAGGCAUUCGGCGUUUCGAAGCAUCGAAUCGAAGAAGUCGUAAAGGUCAUCUCAUCCCAGCGACUUCCUGAAGUGAUGAAGGCGAAUCUCUCGAGUCUUGACAUGGAUCUCAUAUUGCAAUCAGUGUCUGAAGGUCAGCAAGUUGAUGCGAAGCUCGCCGAGAAGCAAAAGCUUCAGGGGAUCGCCAACAUCCAGAAGGCAAUUCAAGCAUCCUUCAGCAAUUCUUCUGAAGAAGACCAGGCGACCUAUACCAUAAUAGGCACUCUUCUAGCCACCACCAAUGUCGAAUCAUUGAUCUCGAAGUCGGUCGAGCUUUCGAAGAGGAUCGAAGAAGCUUCCCAUCGUGUUCCAGUGAAAUGCCAGCCGGAAUCGCUUCAAACGGCGCUGAUGAUCGCAAUCGUGCAAAUCUUCCUCACGAAACGACCAUUCGUCUAUUCAACCGGCAAGAUUCUUAAUGACUUCGUCAGAGAGGUUGUGCGAAGCGGCUUCGGCGUCAGCCAGCAAUUCAUCGACGCCAUCUUCGAGGCGCUUCCCAACGUCGACUGGACCAGCUUGAAUGUCUCCAAGAGGCACGCGGCGAUCAUCGAGGCCAAUAUGAAAUGCCUCAGUGAUAGCCAAGUCGAUCUCGAUGUGAUCCCAACUGGACGACAGGAUUCGGUGGAUGUUGUCAAGAUCCUCACAACGCUGAAGAAUAGGGUCAUUGAGAAGAUCCAAGAGACAAUUGGACCAAUCUCAGAAUCGGAGAGGAUCGCCUACUCCAAUCUCACUUCCCUAAUUACUUCCACCGAUCUGCCAAAAGCAAUUCGGAAUGCCUUCGAUGAAAAUCUUGAUGAUAGUCUAUUCGAGGCUCCGAGGCUUUCAGACCUCAUCAGGCAAGAGAACGUCGACAUUGAUCUCGUCAAUAGUCUAUUCGAGGCUCACGCCGCAAUUCAACUCUAUAAGAAUCGCGAGGUCACAUCCCGCGAGCUUCUCACCACCGCAUUCGAAAUCGCCGAUUUCGAGAGUCUCGCCGAUACGCUCCGAAUCGCAAUCGACGACGCGAAUAACGAAACGCUGAUUGCCAAUCUGACGGCGUUGGGCUUGUCGGAGACCAAAAUUCGAGCAAUCUUCUCGAAUGAGACGCAUUCAUUGAGUCAAUCGAUUCCACAAUCCCAAACACUUCCCAAAAUGGUUCACGAGUCUGAAUGUUUAGAUGUCACUCGAGAGCGAUGCGAAUCGCUGAAAGCCAACCUUCAAACGCACGCCGUUCAAUCAUUGGACGAAUUGGAACAUCUAGUCAUCGGCGAGGAUCUCUACAACAAGACCAUCAAGAUUGCCUCGGAGAGUAUUCGAGAGAUCGUGAGGAUCACCUCACUCCACACUCGCACCGAAUUAACGCAUACUGAGAAGCGCGCCAUCACGCUGAUGAUCUCCAACGUCGAGCACAUCAUCAGAAUCAUUCAGAUCAAGAUGUCCGAGAUCCAACGGACAGCUGUCACCGUCAACGAGAUUCUCGAAACAAUCUUCGGCAUCCGAAAGGAGGAAAUCGCAGAGUUCCUAACAAUCGCGAAUCGCGUCAACUGGAACGAGGUGGAGCAGCCACCGGCGACACAGGUGCUCACUCGGAAUCUUGCCACAUUCGGUCGUCUUGUUCCUCCAAGAGAGCAAGAAGAAGGAGCCAGUCGGACGUUCUCGCUUCGGCAAACCGCCGACGCCGCACUCCAUUGCGUUCGAGCGUUCAAUUCUCAGAUUCAGAAGGAAUCGAGCAUCGCUUCAAUGGACGAUUCGAAGACGGCAAUGUUCAAUGCCAUUCUGACAACUCUCGUGUGUUGCGAUCUGACGACCACCAGAAGGCACGUCGAGAUGCGACGCGACGGCGACGAGCAAUCGUCAACUCAAACCACCAUCAGCGAACAUCGCCGAGAACACGCCGAAGUCAGCGCUACGCAACCUUCCGAGGAGGUCGCGCAAGGAUUCUGGUCAACACAACGCGAGCACGAUUCGUCCACGAUGCUGAUUGCGGAGACGCUCACCGAUUCGGGUCGAGCUCAAGUUCGUGCUCCAGAAGAUCAUCAAAUCGCCACAGAGUCUGACAUUACUAAAAUCAGCGAGUCGUACGAUCAAUGCAUUGCCGUGGAGCUUCGCAACAUCAUCAGCACAUCGUUCGGCAUCUCGGAUGAAACACUUUCCAAGUUCAUCGAGGUGAUCCCACACGUCGAUUGGGGAUCGCUCACAAUGCCAGAAUCACAGAAGGCGUUGAUCACCAAGAAUCUCAAGGCGCUAAUUCACGAAUCCAAAGCGUCGACACUUGGAGCCGCCGUCGGACGAAUCCAAGCGCCACCUGAGGAGGAAGCGUUCGCCGAGGCGGACAUCAAUCAAGCGCGUGAAGCUAAAGCGAUGAUGGAUCUUCAUGCGGCCGUGCUCGUCACAGUGAAUCAAUCCAACGAAUUCAAAAAGGUCUCCGAGGAGGAGAUCGCCAGCUUCUCAACACUUCUCGGCACAAUGUCGAUUUGCGAUCUGUCGGCGAUGGCGGCGACGAACGUCGAAGCCAACAGCAAGUACGAUUAUCAUCGACGUCCAGCUCCAGGUGUCGCCGAAGUCUCGCUAUCCGACAAGGCCGAAUUGACAACCACUGAAGCCACCGAGGCGGUGACGUCGGGAAUCUGGAGCACAUUGAGCAACAACGAGACAGCGCGGAAGGUUGUCCUCGAGAAAUCCAAAAGUCAAGAAGGUGUCGCCAUGUCGAUGAAGGCCGCUUCGAGUGCAGAAAUCGGCGGACACGCCGAGAUCGAGAACGAUUGUCAUGAGCAAGCUGAGCACAAGGUGAUCGAGAAAUCCAAAGAAUCGCAAGAGAGGACCUUCGCCGUGUCCACAUCGCAAUCAACUAUCAAUCUGGCGAAUGAGCAACAAGUUGGCGGCAAUCAACAAAUCGUUCAAGUUAAGAAUCAAGAAGCCGCUUCAUUCAAAGCCGGCGAUGAGAAUCGCGAGCUUCAAGGGGUCCUCGGUGGUCUGAUGCCACCGAUGCCCCAAGAGGAAGAAGCCGUCGUCACCGUCGCCACUGGCCGCCUCUACAAGUCCGCCAGCGGCGUACGCGCGCCAUCAGACGAGACGAUCGCGCAAUUGGCGUGUAUCGCCAGAAUCGAGGAGUCGACCGAAGCGACAGCGUCGCUUGAGAGGCCACUAGAGUCGGUGUCAUUGAGCAAGACCAAUGUCGAGGCGAGCAUCGCACGCGACGGCGAUCUGUCGACGAUCGAGAGCGUUCGACGCGCGUCGAUUGUCGCGUCGACGUCGGCGAACGCCGUCGAACCGCAGAAUAGCGCGACAUUCGGCGAAUGGUUGUCGACGAAACCACCAGCGCCUAGGGCAAUUUUAGUUCAUCGCGAGCCAUCCGCGAUCGUUUCCCAGCAGUCCUUUAGCGUGUCCGCGGCCAAGUGUGUUGAGUGUGAUGUCGGAUUAGAGGCUAGUAGACCACAACAAACCGCUGAUUCCACAGGCAAACUGAUUCGCGCCAAGAGCAUCGAGGAGGUCGAGCACGCGUUCGGCGUCGAGCAUGUGUCGACAAAUCGGAUACUCGAGAAGCAGGAGCAAGUGCACGAAUGGGUUCAGAGUUUGCCGGACGUCGGACGAGACGUGAAGACGUUUGGCGUCGACGAGGCGUCGGUUCGCGGCGCCGUCGGACGCCUAGUGGCGCCGCUCGAGCAGGCGUCCGAAUCAUCAGCGAGCUUCAACAUCAAGCGCGUCGAGAGGAGAAGCGCGUCGGUGACAGCGUCGAAAGACGAGGAAAUUUCCGAAGUCGACGAGAUCAGCAAAACCGAAGCCGAUCUUCAAAUCAUCGCGAUUCAGCGCGAAUCGAGAAGACUCGCCGAAUCGCUUCGGUUCACCGACAAGCACCUCGAAUUGCACAAGAAUUCCGAUGCCGACGAGUAUGUCGAUUACCAAGGUGUCGCUUCGAGACAUGGCAGCGCCGAAACGGCGAGACUUCGAGAAACCAACGAGGAGGAGUUCGUCGGAUUGUGGCAGACGGUGUCGAGCGCCGAAGUCGCCGCGAGAACAGUUGCCAGCACGCUGUCGGAAUCAAGUCAACUGAAGACGACGGCCUCCGAGAUCGCGUUCUCCGACACCACUGCCAAUUUGAUCAAGUCGGAAUCGCUCGACGCAAUCGCAAAGAUUCAAGAGCGCGAGAAGGUCGACAUGACGUUCGGCGCGAGAUCGCUGAAGCAUGAGGAGAAGCUUGAGAAGGGCAACGAAAGCGAGCACGCUUCGAGUCGGCUAGUCGACAAAGAGCGGAUGAGGGAUUCCAAGAGUGUUCGCGAAUUCGGGCAAUCAGCUGCCUCGUUUGGAUGGGGUGCUUGCAAUUUAGAAGCGCCAUAUCCGGAACGCGAAGAAGCCGAAAAGUCGAUUCCAUUGCGAAGAAGCUCAUCAGUGUCAAGAAGCAUGAAGGCCAGUUCCGACGUUCGCACUUUCACCGAUUCGCGAAUCGCCUCAUCCCGAAGCAAUAGCUGUGAGGCGUCGAUUCUCAAUCGUGUUCCCUCGUUGGAAUCGGUGGCAGCCUCCCUACAAUCCAUGUCGAAGGAGCUCGUUCAAGUCACCGAUUCGAAGAAGGCAAGUGAAGCGAUGCUGAAGGACAAGAAAACCGAGAAGAGCGUCAUCAACAUCAAGGAGUCUCGCGAAGAGGAGAGCGGAUUGUUCGUGAGCUCGUCGCACGACUUCGAAGAGACAUCGACGAGAUGGCGCGACAAGAGCGUCGAGCGCGCUUCCGGCACAUUCCACCGCAAAAGCGUCGACGGCGACGUCUACAAGGUCGAGCUCGUUUGCCGAAGCAAAAGCGAGAAGCACGUUCAUGAGCACGUCGAGGUGGCGAUGAGAGAGGCGAUCAGCUCGCACGAUUUCGUCACCGAGAAUCGCGGAUUGUGCACCCAUUGGGAUGUGAUCGACAAUCGCGGCGAGCCAUUGAUAUGCUGGAAGGACGAGGAGGUGUCCGAGACACAUGCGGAUCUCGAAUUGAAUUCGAGUCAAUUCGCCGACGACGCCACCUACGUCGCGUCGGACAUUCUCGAAGAGCAAGAGCUGUCCACAAUCAACGAGUACGGCGAAUCGGAAGCGUCGACAAACUUCGGCGUCGGUCGUCUCGUGUCGAAGCGCGAAGAGGCCGAUGAGGUCGAGCUGGUGCAUCGCUUGUCAAGGCGAAUUGAGGAUCGCAGUCUUCACACAACAAUCGACAGCGAGAUGAGCAAGCUGCCCGAAUGCGAUCAGCAAGUCAGCGUCGAAUUGAAUGCCGCUCGUCGCGAGACGGACACUCGGAAUUUGAGGGCAACGUCAGAAGUGAGCGUCGAGAAGACCGCCGACAUCAGCGUCGAGGGAGGCCGACAAAACGUCAAUGUGAUUCGCAAUGAUGUUGUACGCGCGCAGAGCGUCGGACGGCUAGCCGAACCACGCAACGAGAACGCCAUCACCCAGUACGAGACACUGAUCGCCGAGAUGGACGACCGAACCACAGUGGCGUUGACGAAUCGCGAAUCAAUGUCAAAGUCGUUGAAGGCGUCACAAUCGUCAUGCGCCAGUCGCGAUGUCAGCAUCGAAGCGACGCGAGGCGGCGUCGCCGACCGGACCAUCGCCCAAUCAUCACGCGCUUCCGAGGAGCGUCGCUUCCAAAUCCAAAUUGUCAAAUCCGAAAAAAUGCUCUAUCGCGAUGAUAGUCGCGAGGCGUCCGAGUUGAUCAAUUGCGAGACGCUCAAAGACACCAUCGUUUCCGGCAAACUCUACGAGUAUGGCGACGCCAACGCCGAAGUGUGCAGUCUGUUCGGCAAAAUUGUGCAGAAGAGGGACGAAAUCGAGGAGAUCGAGGAGAGAUGGUCGAUCGAUCGCAAAUGGAAAGAGGAUCUUUGCUGUUUGGCGGCGAGCCAUCUCGAAAUCGCCGCCGACAUCUCGCCGAUCGUCAAAGACGCGUCCGUCGAAUCGCGAUGCGAGAACAUCAAGUGCAAGACGAUCGACACGAUCGCCACCAGCGUCGCCGCCGUCGAGGAGCAAUCGCUAUCGGUCGACUCGCGAAUCGCCUCGUCGCGAUCACUUGCCAACGGCGAGACGUCGAUUCGCCUUCGCGACAAGUCUCGCGAGCGUGUCGACAAGAAGUUCCGUGAGAACCAAUGGAAUCUGCUGUCGACGAGUGCCGAAUGGGACACGCUUCUCAACGAUCUUGAAGAGUCGGUGACAAUCGCGCAAGCGGUUCAAGAUAGCAUGUCGUUCCGCGCCAAGGCCGCCGCCAACGUCUACAUGUCCAGCGAGGCCGUCAUCAGCAAGCAGCACGACACCAUCGGCGUUCAAAAGUCACUAUCUCGAAGCAACGUCGAAGCGGGCUCGCGACGAUUCCACGACAAUCGCCUUCAGAAGGAGCUGCUCAUCGAGAAGCACGAAGGCAAUAUGGCCGAGAUCGAGAAGCUCGUCGACGACAUCAAUCGCGAGCAGGCCGCCGAGGCGAAAUUCCGCGAGUUCGGCAACGUCGAAGCGAGCGGCGGCGUCUAUCUGGUGCGUCGAAGCGCGCCAAAGGUCAAAGAGACAUCGACGCACACCAUCACACUGAAGACCGGCUUCCAGCAGAUCUUCUCGACGAUGUCGGCCGGCGACGAGACAAGCGAAGCGACCGUCGAGUUGACGAUUCCGCAACCAGCGAGUGGCAUCGCCGAGAUCAGCACCAAAUUGACGCGAAGCGAUUCGACAACGUUCGCCACCAACGCGGCGUCGGAAGAGACGACGACGACCGUCGCCGACUACGCCAAUGCGAUCGCGACGAACGCGUCGACGUCGGUGAGGAAGCGCGACGUUCCAACGGCGAGGUUCGCCGAGAAGAUUCGCGAAGUCGAUGGAAUCGAAAUUCUCUCCCAUUGGCAAGGCGUCGAAACCGAUCUCGACGCCGCCGUCGAGCUUCCAAACGCGCUCGUCGUUCGCUCAUCGCUUCAAACCAUCGAAUCGAUGGAUGAGGUCGAGCGCAUCAAUCACUAUCUGAUGAUGCCCGACGAGUCCGAGCAAUGCUUGAAAACGAUCCAAAUCGCGCCAACGUGUUCGGCGGCUCGCGAUUUCGCGAUCGCACUAAUCGCCACCGACGCGAAUUUAUCUAAACCACCGUGUCAGCCUCAUGAAUGUCCCCCUAAGACAAUAAUUGAAAUUAAACGAAUGCGUGAGAAGUGGACUGUUAGAGAAUGCGGCGAGGCGAAAUUCAACGCCUUCAUCAAUCUUCAUCGCUAUCGUCUGGCGAAGCCGUCGCUGACGAAUGAGACCGUCCUCAAACACAUUGUUCAUAUUGCAGCGACGCCAAUGUUCAUCAAAGCCGGCGACGUGCUCAACGACGUCAUCUGGGCGACGCAUCAUUUGCUCAUGACGCCGCCGAGCGAGCAUCUCAAUCGCGAGAUCGUCAUCCCGAAUCGCGGCGAGAACGUCAAGAAGCGUCUCGACGAGUCGUCCGACGUUCGCGUUCGGCUCGCCAUUGAGCUAAUCGGAAGGAAGGGCGAGCUCGUCGAGUCCGACAUCGAGUGGCCGAUCGCUAGAGUCAGCGAGGGUGUCGCGUUCGACGCCGACGAGUUCGAAUUCGAUGAAUGUCUCUUCUACGGUCAGAUCAACAACAAGAGCAUCCAUUUUGAAGACAAGGAAUGCGUCGUCGCGAUCGCCCGCGACCACCAUCUGAGCCAUUCGACAAACGCGAGCACUUGCGAGACAUCUGACGUCAGCGAAUCGUGGCGUAUUCCAGAAGGCAACGAAUUCAUCGAGAAGAUCGUUAUCAUUGCCAACGAGAUUGCGCCAAUCUCGAUUCGAACGUUUGAGUCGUCCGAAGAGAUCGUCGGCAUCGGUACCGCCUAUUCGAUUCCCGACGAGCGCGAAUCCGUCGCAUGCCGUCGUCGAGAGAACAACUUUGGCGGCGCUUACAAGUUGGACACCAGAGCCGCUGGUGACGAGAUGAAGACCAUCACAACGAGCCUUCUACGAUCGCAACAGUCUGAGAAGAUCAACUUCAAGCAGAUUCAGAAGCCGAUGAUGAAUGCGAAGAUGACUGUCAUCGAGAGCACGACGGAAGAGGUCAACGCCAAUUUCAGCUAUCACAUUCCGGAAGGCGCGGAGAAGGCGACGACGGUGAGAUCAUGCGCGAAUGAAGCGGUUCCAUACACGAUUCGAGUGCACGAAUGCCUUGAAUAUAACAUCAAGAUGUUCUACACAAUGCGAAAAGCGGAUGAGGUCGAGGAAGACGUCAAGCUCAUCGAUAUUCCCAACAAAGAGGACAAGUCGCUGGAUUGCAGUGCGGCGGAAUACGUUGAAGCCCUUCGGAAUCCCGAGUUCCAUAUUCCGGAGCAAUUCGAGACGCACUGUCAAACAUUCAAAGAUUUCAAUCGAAUCGAGCCAGCGAGCCUUCGGACGUUCGAGCCGACGAAUGAGAAGAUCACAUUCGCGACCAUCAUUGAUAGGCAAGAUGAGAAGGAGCGAAGCGAGCUCGUCGUCAAAGACAAAAAUCGCGGAGCGAAUUUGCGAUUCAAAUUCCGGGAGUCGCGCGACGAGAAGCAGACGAUCUACAGCAAUUUCGACGUCGACGACGUCAAGGAGAAUGUCGAGAGGACGCUGGCGGUGACUCGCUUCGGCGGUCAGUUCAAAUUGAAAUGCGACGCCGCCGACGAGACCGAAUUGAGUGUGGAACGCGAUGUGAUCAAGCCAAUCAUCAGCAGCAUGGACGCGUCGAUGCGCACCAUCCUCGCCAACACAUCACCGCGCGUUGAAUUGCGAACGAUGGCGACUAGUGUUACGACGCAAACGAUUAACGAGAAUCUCGCGAGACGCGACGCGCGCGAUUCCGCUGACUAUCGACUAGUGGUGGCGAACUCGGAAGCAGUGCACGAGCGCGUUUAUGAGUGUGAAGAGUGUGUUGAAAACGUGCACCCGAUCUAUCGAAAACCCAACGAGCACAUUGAUUUAGAUGAGACGUGGUUCGUCGCGCGACGCGGCGGCAAUUACGGGCUCAACGUCGCGGCGACGAAACGCGAGGAGGCGACGAUCAACGCCGAUGUUCGGAAUCCAGGCCUCAAGGAUGAUCGCGUCGACAUGACGAUCAUUGUGGGCAACGCCGAGCGGCCAAUUAGUAUGACAACGAAGCAAGCGAGUUUGGAGCGCAAGGUUGUCUCGCAGGAGAUGUCGAAGCUUGGCGAACGCGAGACCGUCAAGACGAUUCUGAAGCACGCCAACAAGGGGAUCAAUGUUGCGAAGCGAAUGAUCGAAGCGACCAUCGAGAAGGAGACGAUCAGCGAGCAAUUCACACGACAUGCGCUUUUCGACAAAACCGAACGAAUCAUUAGCGAUCGACGAUUUGGAGGGGCUUUCGAGCUUUGCGCCAACGCAGCGAGGCUCAGCUCGUCCACCAUAGGCGGCACACUAUUGUGCCCGCGACCGAGUAAUCUACAAGCGCAGUCGGUGGUGAUCAUCGCCAACACGCUUCCCAACAUCGCGCUGAAAACGCUGGCCGCUGGAAACAUUCGACGCGACGUCAACCAUGUGUGGAAUCGGCGCGACGACGCGUUCGUCGUCGCCAAAACGCUAGUGGAUUGUAAUCGGGAAUCGGGACGAUUCACGGUGCGCGAGGCGUGCGAAGAGCAUCACACAAUCAAUCUUGUCUACAACAAAGAGGAGGCCGAGCUCAGCGUCGCUAGGACACUUGACGAGGCUCGACGUGGAAGUGAUCAGGUGCUCAACACCAAGAGCGCCAAGGAGGACUCAACGAUCAUUGACAAGACUUUGGAAAAUGUUAGGCAACGCGAAGGCGACGCUGAGAAGCGACUAGUGAUAUGCAAUCAAGAGCGACUCUCGAUUCAAACCUCCGCCACCACCAUCGUCAUCUCAAAUCUCAACAAGAAUUUCGCGUACCCGAUUCCCGAGGAGAUCAUCGCGCAAACGCUUCAAGGCAAAAAUCUUGGCGAGCCGACGGCGUACACAUGUCGGGAGACGACCAACAACAUCGAGAACAUCGCCACCCAGUUGGCAAGGAAGGACAAGAAGGAGGAGAUCGACGUGACGCUGCGAAUGCCGUUCGUCGAAGAGCCGGUGAUUUUCGACACGUCGGCGUCGAAACACUUCAGCGUCACCAUCAAUGAGGCGCUCGAGGCUUCGCGCGAUCUCGACCUCGACGCCAUCGUCAUCGUCAUCGAUCGAAACACCGAAGAGACGCCGAUUCUGAGGUGCGCGUGCGCCAAAGAAGCCUCGACGUCAACGUCGUCGUCGCUAUGCAAAAAUGGGGCGACUGAUGAAGCGCGCAUCGAGCGCAUCGUCGCGCGUCAAUGUCCGAGUGUUGAAAUGGUGGUUCGCGAGGCGGGCUCGGUGCAGGAGACGACCAAUUUGCACUAUCAGCGCGACGCGUCGCAUCACCACAUUUCAGAGGUGCUCGCCGCUUCGCGAUACGGCGGCUCGUUCCGAUUGCAGACCAACGCAGCGCAGAGUGUGGCGAUCGAGGUGACCAACGAUUUGGUGUAUCCAGUGAUCAGCGAACUUCAUGUCGAACGUCACAUCGUGAUUCGAAAUGAGGCGACGCCCGUCGAGAUGUUCGCGUCGGCGACGCAAGAAGCCGCCGCCGGUGUCACGUCGAGUCUCGUCAAGAACGGACAAUGCCACAAUGAGAAGAUCCGAUUGAAGGCGGCGAAUCGCGGUGUGGCGACGAUGCUCAAAGUCAAGGAGACACGAGAGGAGCACGAGACGAACAACAUUCAGUUGCGAAACGACGAGCAGCACGAUGAGCACGAGCACAUUGUUAAGAUUCCCGCGUACGGCGGUGCCGUCGCACUCAAAUCGGGUUACGCCGAUGAGAAAGAAAUCAGUAUUGAACGGAAUCUCAGCGGUCCGGAGAGGACGCAGUCAACGCAACGGGUCAGCAAAAUUGGAAACUUUGAGGCAAUCAAUGUCUCGAUCGGAGCGACCACCGAGGUGAGCGCGCGUCUCGAUGAGGCGAUUCAAUGUCCAAGAAGUAGCGUCGAGGCGACUUCAAUUUCACUGUACGCGAUUAACAAGUCGGAGCCAAUCGUCUUCCGAUCAACGGAAGCUUCCGAAAUGGCCGUCGGCAUUCAUUACACGUUGCGAAGGGAGCAGAAGCAAGAAGAGGCCGACGGCGUCAGAGAAUUGGCAAGGCACGGCGGCAUCAUUUCAUUUUCGUGCUUCGCCACCAGCGAAGUCAGUCCUGAUUGCGUCAGCGCUUGGCUUCAGAAGGAGGGUGCUGAAGGUGGAAGCGAGAAGCUGAUCGCGACGCCGAUGCUCGACAGUGUCACCUUCAACAGCACCGUCGCCACCGAGUUUGCCGCUUGGAACACGACGUCGUUUAGAAAGCGCGACGGCGACGAGUUGGUCGAAUUCGAGCAGCCAACGUCGCGGCGCGAGACCGUCGAGAUCGCGGUGAGCGCUUCCGAAGAGGCGACGAUCACGUUGGACGCUGAUCUUCACUUCGGCGUGAUCUAUAAUAGCGCAAGUUCGACACAGAAUGAGAGCAAUCGGGGCGAUUCGACCGGCAUGAAAUCGACGGCUUCCGAAGAGACCGUCUUCAAUCUCGGCUAUGAUUAUUGUAAGCAGCCAACCGAAUUUAAUAUGGUUUAUGUGUCGACGACCGACAAGCUAAUCGUUCAAGGCGCGUUUGGAACGCGCGCCGCCGGCGACGAAUCGAUCACGCUCGAUCUCGACUUGCGAUUCGGCGUCACCAUCAAAGAUAUGGGCUCGUUCGGCCAAUGGGCGGCGGCGAAUCAAUGCGACAGCGUCGGACUGCAAUCGGGCGUCAGCGAGGAGACGAUCUUCAAUCUCGCCUAUGAUUUCAACAAGCAGGCGACCGAGUACGGCACGGUGUUCAUCAGCGAGGAUCGCGGCUGGAUCUUCGGAGCGUUCGGGUUCCGCGCGCGCGGCGAAGAGCGCAUCGAUACGCAGCCGGCGCUCAUCGAACGCCGAAUGGUUGAGGUCAUGGUGGAGGGUGUUGUGCACAACCUUGCACGCAGGCAUGAAGAUGAACCAUUUGUCUUGUAUACAGAAUCCGUCGAGCAAACCGUGAUACGCGUCGAUGAGAGGAUCGAGAACAAGGCGAGCAUUCAAGUCGAAGCGUCGUCGGAGGUCAAGAUGCGCGAGAGGAUCGACGAGCGGCGAAAAGAGGAGAAACGUGUUAGUUUUGCCGCCGAGGUUCAAGAGCAAACGAUGGAAGCGAUCGAUCAGAGUUUGGGACUCAUCACACAAAUGGAAGUCGAGCCCGCGUUCCAGAAGCCGUCGAUUAUCAAGAAGCCGAUGAAGAAGGAGAGAGAGCGCCGCGGAAGGGAUCUUCGCGCCAAUGCCGCACCGGCGUUCAAACCUGUUCGUCGCAACUCGCUGCUUCAAGCGUUGGCCAUCGGAAGUCCGCACAACAUUCCGCAUUUCAAAACGCUUGAUGAUAUCGUCAAAGCGAUUAAGCAUGCUGGAUUGGAGUAUUCGAAUCUGAUAUUCGGCAUCGAUUACACAAAAUCCAAUUUCUAUCAAGGAGAGCGGACAUUUGACAAGAGGCCACUUCACACAAUAGACGCCAACGAGCUGAACCCCUAUCAGCAGGUGAUACAGAUUGUUGGCAAAACGCUUUCAUCGUUCGAUGCCGACGGUCAAAUCCCGGCUUAUGGGUUCGGCGACGAGGAGUUCACCGAUCAAGGGAUCUUCAAUAUUGCCGAUCGCUACGAUCUCGAGAAGGAUUGCAAUGGAUUCGAGGAGGUGCUUCGAGUUUACAACGAGGUCACACCAACCAUUGAAAUGAGCGGACCAACGAACUUCGUGCCAUUGAUUGAGAGGGCCAUCGACAUCUGCAAAGAGAAGCAUUCGUACCAUAUUUUGGUUAUCGUCGCCGACGGACAAGUUACAAAUGAGAAGAUUAAUCAGAAGGCAAUUGCUGCGGCGUCUCACUAUCCAUUGAGUAUCAUUAUGGUCGGAGUUGGAGAUGGUCCCUGGAAUAUGAUGGGACGAUUCGACGAUAAUAUUCCGAAGCGAUUAUUCGACAAUUUCCACUUUGUCGAUUUCCACAAGGUCAUGUUCAAUGCACCGAAUGCGGAUGCUUCAUUCGCGCUGAAUGCUUUGAUGGAGAUUCCGGAUCAGUACAAGGCGAUAAAAGAGCUCGGCCUUCUGAAGCACAGUCGUCGUGGAUAA